AUGGAGCAGUUUCUGUGUGUCCUGGUGCAGUGUCUGUCUGUCAUGGAGCAGUAUCUGUGUGUCCUGGAGCAGUAUCUGUCUGUCAUCGAGCAGUGUCUGUCUGUCAUGGAGCAGUAUCUGUCUGUCCUGGAGCAGUGUCUGUCUGUCAUGGAGCAGUGUCUGUGUGUCCUGGAGCAGUGUCUGUGUGUCAUCGAGCAGUGUCUGUCUGUCAUGGAGCAGUGUCUGUGUGUCCUGGAGCAGUGUCUGUGUGUCAUCGAGCAGUGUCUGUCUGUCAUGGAGCAGUAUCUGUGUGUCAUGGAGCAGUGUCUGUGUGUCAUGGAGCAGUGUCUGUCUGUCAUGGAGCAGUGUCUGUCUGUCAUCGAGCAGUGUCUGUCUGUCAUGGAGCAGUGUCUGUGUGUCAUGGAGCAGUGUCUGUGUGUCCUGGAGCAGUGUCUGUCUGUCAUGGAGCAGUGUCUGUCUGUCAUGGAGCAGUGUCUGUGUGUCCUGGAGCAGUGUCUGUGUGUCCUGGAGCAGUGUCUGUGUGUCAUGGAGCAGUAUCUGUGUGUCAUGGAGCAGUGUCUGUCUGUCAUGGAGCAGUGUCUGUCUGUCAUGGAGCAGUAUCUGUGUGUCAUGGAGCAGUGUCUGUCUGUCAUGGAGCAGUGUCUGUGUGUCCUGGAGCAGUGUCUGUGUGUCCUGGAGCAGUGUCUGUCUGUCAUGGAGCAGUGUCUGUCUGUUAGAGAGAGAAAGAGACAGGAUGCUAGGUUGAUGAGAUCAUUUCUGAGACUUGUGUGAUUUGGUGAGUUUAAAAAGCACUCAUUUGUGAGACUUAGAUUGAAUGAUUUCCCACUGGGAAAUGAGGAUUGAGAAGAGAACUCCACAUUAAUUGUGUACAUAUGUGAAGUCUGUCACGCCCUGGCUCUGGGACUCUGUUAUGUUGAGUCAGGUUGUGUUGUUUCUUUGUGUUUUGUGUGCUAGGGUGAUAGUCUAGUUUUGUAUUUCUAUGUUGGCCAGGGUGGCUCCCAAUCAGAGACGGCUGUAGCUCGUUAUCUCUGAUUGGGAGCCAUACUUAGGUAGCCGUUAGGCAUUCAUUUGGUGUGGUUUCUUGUUCCGUAUGGUUUAUUUUGUAGCCAAGGACUUCACGUUUCGUUAUCGUUUGUUGUUUUGUUCGUGUGAUCAUAAUAAUUAAAGGAUGUUCACAUUCCACGCUGCGCAUUGGUCCUCUCUUCCCGACGAUCGUGACAGACGAAACCACCAAAACUGGACCAAGCAGCGUGUCCAGGAGCCAUCGCCAGGGGAAUCUCUAGCGGAUCUCCUGUGCCACCUCGACUGGGUCAAGCCGUGUGAGGAGGAGAGAGGCUGGAGUUGGAAGCAGAAGAGCGAGAGUUGGGCGAGAACUAUGGAGGCCUGGUCCACGGGGAGGAGAGACACCCAGAAAAUGUUUAGGGGGGGGCUCACGCCAUGGACGAUGGGGCAGCAGGAGGCCGCGAUAGAGCGGUUAGCAGAGGAGGCCGCCAGGUUACGGGGGCCACUGGUCACCAAGGGGAAGGAGAGUGUAGAGGCACGGCGAGAGGUACUGGGGUGUGUUACCAGCCCGGUCCGGCCCGUCCCUGCUCCCCGCACCAAGCCUGUGGUGCGCGUCGUCAGUCCGGCACAGCCCGUGCCUGUUCCACCGGUGCCUGGUCCGGCACCGGUCAGCUGCUCCACUCCGGAGCUAGAGCAAUCCGCUCCACCAGUGUUCAGUCCAGCUCCGGCCAGCAGGGCCAGACCGGACCAGGGGCGCUUUGGGGGGUUGGUUGGAGGGUGGGGGUCAAGCCCGGAGCCGGAACCGCCUCCGAGGAGGAAUGCCCACCCGGCCCUCCCCUGUUCGGUUUAUGUUUGGCGCGGUCGCAGUCCGCGCCUUUGGGGGGGGGGUACUGUCACACCCUGGCUCUGGGACUCUGUUAUGUUGAGCCAGGGUGUGUUGUUUCUUUGUGUUUUGUGUGCUAGGGUGAUAGUCUAGUUUUGUAUUUCUAUGUUGGCCAGGGUGGCUCCCAAUCAGAGACGGCUGUAGCUCGUUAUCUCUGAUUGGGAGCCAUACUUAGGUAGCCGUUAGGCAUUCAUUUGGUGUGGUUUCUUGUUCCGUAUGGUUUAUUUUGUAGCCAAGGACUUCACGUUUCGUUAUCGUUUGUUGUUUUGUUCGUAUGAUCAUAAUAAUUAAAGGAUGUUCACAUUCCACGCUGCGCAUUGGUCCUCUCUUCCCGACGAUCGUGACAAAGUCACACAAAGUCUAAGAUUGAAGGUGUUUGUGAAGUUAGAUCCUCUGAAGGUGUUUGUGAAGUUAGAUCCUCUGAAGGUGUUUGUGAAGUUAGAUCCUCUGAAGGUGUUUGUGAAGUUAGAUCCUCUGAAGGUGUUUGUGAAGUUAGAUCCUCUGAAGGUGUUUGUGAAGUUAGAUCCUCUGAAGGGGUUUAUGAAGUUAGAUCCUCUGAAGGGGUUUGUGAAGUUAUAUCCUCUGAAGGUGUUUGUGAAGUUAGAUCCUCUGAAGGUGUUUGUGAAGUUAGAUCCUCUGAAGGUGUUUGUGAAGUUAGAGCCUCUGAAGGUGUUUGUGAAGUUAGAUCCUCUGAAGGUGUUUGUGAAGUUAGAUCCUCUGAAAGUGUUUGUGAAGUUAGAUCCUCUGAAUGUGUUUGUGAAGUUAGAUCCUCUGAAGGUGUUUGUGAAGUUAGAUCCUCUAUCUUUUUUGGUAUUUACUUUUCUAUCUAAAAGACAGUCUAAGACUUUGGAGUGAAGUUUCUAGUGGAGUUAAAAGGCACUACACAAUGAUCAUGAGCCUUGCCCCUGUUGUCCUCUGGCAUGUGGCUAUUACCAUAUAUAAAUAACUCUGUCCAUUUACUUUGUCAAGUAAGCUUCCAGUGUAUUCCACUGCAAGACAAAACAGAGGGUUAUAGGACCCGGUCAAAUCAACAACACAGAAAAGUUAUAGGGUCCCAGUCAAUCAGACAAAACAAGGAAAGUUAUAGGCCCGGUCAAUCAGACAAAACAGAAAGUUAUAUGCCCAGGUCAUCAGACAAAACAGAAAGUUAUAAGGCCCAGGCAAUCAGACAAAACAGAAAGUUAUAGGGCCCAGUCAUCAGACAAAACAAAAGUGAUAGCCCAGGUCACCAGUACAAAACAAAGUUAUAGGGCCCAGGUCAAUCAACAAACAGAAGUUAUAGGGCCCAGUCACUGCAAGACAAAACAGAGGGUUAUAGGGACCCAGGGUCAAGCAGACAAAACAGAGGGUUAUAGGACCCUGGUCAAUCAGACAAAACAGAAAGUUAUAGGGCCCAGGUCAAUCAGACAAAACAGAAAGUUAUAGGGCCCAGGUCAAUCAGACAAAACAGAAAGUUAUAGGGCCCAGGUCAAUCAGACAAAACAGAAGGUUAUAGGGCCCAGGUCAAUCAGACAAAACAGAAGGUUAUAGGGCCCAGGUCAAUCAGACAAAACAGAAAGUUAUAGGGCCCAGGUCAAUCAGAACAUUACAGGAAGUUAUAGGGCCCAGGUCAAUCAGAACAUUACAGGGCCCAGGUCAAUCAAGUCAGCUAACUGUGCUGCGGGGAACAUUGAAAAAUAUCAUACCUCUUCAAUACAAGAAUGAAUGUUGGGAUUCAUGUACUCAACUAAACAUUGUUCACAAAUACUUUAUUUUAUUAGAGAUUAACUAUCCAUAGUUUAUUAUCUAUAAAACUUCAGCACGUAUCACUCCAAGCUGUAGUGUUCAAUCUUAUUUCGUGGCUAAAUAUAGUUCUUCAAAAGCACAGCAUUUAUAAUCCAGAUUGAAUGAUUGAUAUCUAAUCUUCGUAACCUUUCUCCCUCAGUUUAAUCCUGUCUCUGGAAGCCAAACUCAACAUGCUACACAACUACAUGAAUGUGACAUGGAUCAGGAUACCAUCUGAGACCAGGGUAACAGUCCUCAUUCUCUUCCACAUGGUUUAUGACAUUCAGUAAUGGUUGUAAACUGAUUGAGCUUCCUCUCCCCCCCCUUCUCAUCCCUCCCUCCCUCCCUCCCUCCCUCCCUCCCUCUCUCCAGGCUCCCCUGGCCCAGCCGGAGUCCCCCACGGCGUCCCACGGGGGCGAUGACGUCCAGUCUCUAGCCGACUCCAUGGACUCCGACCGCGACUCCGUCUGCAGCAACUCCAACGUCAACAACGGCAAGGUCUCCACGAAGGAUCCCAAGGAGAAGACGGAGAGGCGACUGCAGCAGCGUAAAGACAAGGACAAGACCAGGACGGACUCUGUGGCCAACAAGCUGGGCAGCUUCAGCAAGACCCUGGGCAUCAAGCUGAAGAAGAACAUGGGAGGUCUGGGAGGGCUGGUCCACGGAAAGAUCAACCGCUCCAACUCUGGAGGCAACGGCCGGAACAACGGAGGAGGUGGGGGCAACGGAGGAGGGGGUGGCAACGGAGGAGGGACAGAGAAUAACGGAGAGAAGAAGAAAGAGAAAAAGGAAGGCAAAGCCCGGAAGGACGGAGCAGGAGGAGGAGGAGAGAAGGAGGGGCAGUCUGGCCAGUCUGCGAGUACGUCGUUCUCCUCGGACAAGACCACCAGCCCGUCUCCCACUGAGCGUCCCCCAGGCGUGCCCUCCCCUCCCGGGGAACGGGACAGGGACAGGGGGGGUCUCCUGGCCAGGCUGGUGGGGGAUAAGGCCCUGUCGGAGCACUGGAAGUACAGCACAGACGUCAAGCUGAGCCUCAACAUACUGAGAGCCGCCAUGCAGGGCGAGAGGAAGUUCAUCUUUGCUGGCCUUCUCCUCACCUCCCACCGCCACCAGUUCCACGAGGAGAUGAUCUCCUUCUACCUGACCUCCGCUCAGGAGCGCUUCUCUGCCGAGCAGGAGACUAGGAGGAAGGAAGGAGAGAAGAAAGCUGCAGCUACGACCACGACUACUACGACCAACGGGCUGAAGAAACCAGAGCAGGAGAGCGCCCCUCACCGGGAGAGGGAGAGGGAGAGGGAAAGAGAGAGAGAAAGGGAGAGAGAGAGAGAGAGGGAGAGGGAGCGAGACGCAUGCACCCCUCCUCCUCCUCCCUCCUGCCCUCCUCCUCCUACUCCCCUUCCCCAGGACUUCAUCUCUUCCCCAGCCAGACACCACCAAAGCCAUACCCCUCACAUCCCCCCUCAGAUUGCCCUGAAGAUGCAGGGCCGCCACAGCCCCUCGCCCCACUCCUCCCCUAGCAACGGUGCUACCAGGAGAACCGGGUCCGUCCCCCCUGUCCCAGGCCCCGUCCCAACUACAGUCCCAGUGUCGGCCCACUACAGCCAUACCCCUCCCAUCCAGAGGUCCAGUAUCAUCCACCUGAGAGACGUCAACCUCCAUACCCCCCAGGCCCCCAGCUUCCAGCCGGACGACCCCCAGCCCAGCUACCAGCCUCCUCUGGUGGGCACCCUGAAGACCUGUGCCACUUACCCCCAGCAGAACCGCUCCCUGUCCUCCCAGAGCUACUCUCCAGCCCGCUUGUCUGGGGUCCGUUUGGGCACCGGGGUCAACCACACCCACCCGGGGGUCCCAGGCACCACGGAGCCCUACAACAUGCCUGGGGAGCACAAGUCCCACACCUAUACCAACGGCUUCAACGCUAGCGACAUACAGGACUGUCUGGAGUUUGCCGACGCCGACUCGCCUCAGACCUGGGGGAGCAGUAGCGUCACCAGGACGGGGUCAGGGUCCGACAAGGUCAAAGGUCAGAUCGGUGGCGCUGGGGGUUGCCUGGUGUACUGCCUGCAGCAGAGGAGGUGCAAGAGGGAGAACUGCUCCUUCUACGGGCGACCGGAGACAGAGAACUACUGCUCCUUCUGCUUCAAGGAGGAUCUGAAACGCAGGGAGAGGGAGGCCAAGGCACUCAGUAGGCCUGGAUAG